GUGGGGUAUAGAUUUUGGGAGAAUAAUCAAUCUGGAAGAUCCUCUCAGUAUACUGUGCAGAUAAUACUAAUUAAAGGCGUGGGAAUCCUUCGGCGCUUGAUUGAAGGAGUUGUUUCUCUUCAUCCGAGAGAGCUCGUCAGGCGGUGCCGGAGACUGCGGCGGUGAAUACGGUGGAGAUGCCUUGAUCGAAGCAAACUGUGGCGACAAGGGGAUCUGAUCAUUUGCUGUAAUCCUAACAACCCAAAAGUAAUCCGUGACGUUCUUCAUUUUCCGCCAUUUCUCCGAUCUGAAACUCCUUUCUAUCGUCCGAACUAAACUAUAUUUUCCGAUAUUCCCAAUCUGAUCCGAUCGCCUCAGAGGAGACUGAUUCAAAGCAAUUAAUUUUUGGUGAAGUUUGGUCAAAGGAUAAUUAAAAAACAAGGUGUAAAAUACGACAAGUUUUCAGAGUUCACACCUUACAUGAUUCAAAGUCAGCAAUGCAGUUUUGUAAAGUCAUCGCCUCAGAUCUAUCUGUACAACAUCAAAAUUGAUAAUUAAACUCUAGAACUCUACCAAACGUUUCUAGGGUUUCUGCCUCAGGUUAAGCUACUACUAAAAAAUGUCAUUCAAAAACAUUGUUCGCGAGCUGAAGGAGAUGAGAGACGUGAUCGGAAGCAUGUCAAGAAGAGGAGUCGAAGGAAAACACUGGAGAAAUUGUACUCGAUCAUCACAUAUUGCCCCUGAUGUACCUCCAUUAGAAUCAACAACCGAAGGCCAAUGGGCACACUUGCCUCCUGAAUUGCUUUUAGACAUAAUUCGUAGAGUUGAAGAGAGUGAAACAUCUUGGCCUGCAAGAACUGUUGUUGUUUAUUGUGCAUCGGUUUGUAAGCCUUGGAGAGACAUCACUAAAGAGAUUGUUAAAACUCCUGAAGAAUGUGGAAGGUUAACAUUCCCCAUCUCCUUAAAACAGCCGGGUCCUCGUGAUUCUCCAAUUCAGUGCUACAUAAAAAGAGAUCGAGCAACUUCUACUUUUCGUUUGUACUAUGGACUCACUCCAUCUGAAGAUGAGAGUGAUAAGUUAUUGUUAGCAUCCAAGAAAAUCCGAAGGGCAACAAGUACAGAAUUCUUGAUUUCUUUGGUUGCAGAUGAUUUUUCUCGAGCUAGCUCUGCUUAUGUUGGCAAAUUAAGGUCCAAUUUUCUUGGAACAAAAUUCAUAAUGUACGAUAGCCAACCUCCAAAUGAUGAAUCAUUUGAACCAAAUCACACACGUUCAACUCGGAGGAUUAACACAAAUCAAAUAUCUCCCCGCAUACCAGCAUAUAAUUACAAUAUUGCCACUAUCACAUAUGAACUCAAUGUACUCCGUACACGAGGCCCCCGAAGAAUGAACUGUUCAAUGCAUUACAUUCCCAUCUCCUCAAUUCAACAAGGGGGCACUGCCCCCACUCCUAAAUCCUUCCCACAUUCUCUCUCCUCCUCACAUUCUAUAAAACAAAGUGAAAAACCAUCUCAUUCCAAUUCCGCUAUAAAAGACUCUUUAGUCCUCAAAAACAAAUCCCCAAGAUGGCAUGAACAGUUACAAUGUUGGUGUUUGAAUUUCAAAGGGCGAGUUACAGUUGCUUCUGUUAAAAACUUUCAGAUUGGAGCUUCUGUUGAAGAUUGUUACAAUGUGUCAAAUGAAGAAAAAGAUAGAGUGAUUUUACAAUUUGGGAAAAUUGGACAAGAUAUUUUCACUAUGGAUUAUGGGUACCCGUUGUCUGCUUUUCAAGCCUUUGCGAUUUGUCUUAGUAGCUUUGACACAAAACCAGCAUGUGAAUGAGAUUAUGAGAAUGACAUUGUAGUCAUGACAUACAUAUAUGAAUUGGUGUUAUUUAUAUUUAA